CGACAAUUUUUAUCUAUGCAUUUUCGUUCCUUUCUUUAUUCAUCUGUUUGAUGCUGUUUGUACAUAAUAUUUUUGUUUUGUUUUCUAUUUUGAAUCACAUGUAUUGUUUCCUGUUUUGGUUUUGCAAAAGUUGACGAUCGAAAACCUUCAUCGAGCUCUACUACAACAUCUUUACCAACAUUUCCUGCCGAUUCAUUCGCAAUUCGCUCUCCAAUUGAUACAGUUGAAAAUAUUUUGCAGAAGAUUGUCAUCGAAGAUAUUAUCAAAAAUCCAACGACAUUCACAGGAAAAGAAAAUAUUUCAACAUGGCUCGAAGAAGUAGAACAUUUUUUUAUUACUUCUAUGUGGCCUGAAGAUCUUCGAUUACAGUAUAUACCACAAUUUUUGAAGAAUGAUGCCAAGCAAUGGUAUAAAGAUAAUCAAUCAAUUAUAAUGUCGUGGAAUGAAUUUAAAACACAAAUCAAGGAGGCCUAUACCUCAACUUAUGAAAUCACAAUUGCUUUUCAACGUUUAAAAAAUUAUCAACAAACUAAUAAUCAAACAGUUAAGCAAUAUUAUACAGAAGUAAUAAAAUUGUGUCGAGAAGCCGAUCCCAAAAUGUCUGAACAAAUCAAACUGCAGCAUUUACUGGACAAUUUGAAACCAUCCAUUAAAUUAAAAGUUAUUGAGAAAAAUCCGAAAACAGUUGCGGAGUUUCUUGAGCAUUCAAAAACUGUGGAAGAUUUGAAUACAUUAAUUAGUCGUGAUCAAAAUUUGAGCAAUUUUGUAUCAGAUAAUUUAACGGUAGUAGCUAAUAAUGUUUCUUCUCCUACAAUUGGUUCUCAGACGUACGUAGCACAUCCAAGGCGCUCUAAUCAUGACAAUCACUCACCAUACCAACAUAAUUCUAUUUCCAAUCAAAUUGAAUCAUCAUAUCCAACCAACGAAUCGUCUACUCAACCUCAAUCUUCUUCACAAAAUUAUUCUGCAAAUAACUACAAUUCAAAUACAAAUCACCAACAACGUCAAAGUCAAUCAAAACGUCGGGCUUCUCGUGGGUAUACUCAGCGACGAGGCCCGCAUUUUCAGUAG